AUGCACAUGAAAUUGUUUUUCAUUGUGGUGCUUUUAAUCCUGCCAACACAGGCAGCCAAAAAGAAAUCCCGCAACAUAUACUACUUGGGCACCAAGGAUGAGGCAAAUCCAAAAUAUCUGCGACAAUUUCAGGUGAACAUCAGCAAGGCUCGUGAUUCCAUGAAUAUCCUGGUGGAAUUCGGCCAGGAUGUCCGUGAUAUGUGGCUGACUGUGGGUGUGGGUCUGUGGCAGAGAUCGAAUAAAAAUUUCCGCAGCAUAUUUUCCUAUGACAUUGAUUUGUGUGACACCCUAAAACGCAUAAAAUCUUCCAAGAUCGAAGUGUUAAAGGUGUGGCUUAGCAAUUUAUUUAAGUACGGCAAUCUCUCCACAGAUUGUCCCUUUUACAAGAGUGUCUAUUUAUUUCGAAAUUUCAAAUUCGACAAGGAUAGCAUACCGACUUAUAUACCUGCGGGAAAAUAUCAAACCCAUCUUUGUGGGUAUCGAAAGAAAAUGGAUGGUUCUAAAGAUAUUGUUGUAUCCUCGUAUUUAACAUAUGAAUUGAAGUGA